GUGGUUGAGUGUAUACUAUGUUUUUUGUUUGGUUGGGAAAAUUUGUGUAGUGUUAUUUGCAAAUAGUUGCAAGAAUGCCUAUUGUCAUCUGAUAAUCAUGGACGAUGACACAUUGUCAAGGACAACAGGUUCGGUGGUGCUUCAAGUUGGUGCCCUGGAACUACUGGCCCGUUAUUCAGUGAACUCGGGCAGAGCGACCAGCGUUUUAUCAUCUCUACACGAGUUCAGGAGUCAUGAGUCUGAGCAGACUGGUGGGAAGCAAUGGAAUUGGAAAUAUUUGAGGGAUCAAUUUUAUCAAAAAGAUUUGGAGGGCUUAUAUCGGAAAUACGACGAAAAAUUAAGAGAAACACUAGUUUAUAUUUACGUAUCACUUCUAAUACUCUUUUCGACGAUUCACAUAAUUUUGGUCGUAGCAUUCACUUACAAUGAGCAAAUACAAUGGCGCUCUACCUAUUUGUCGAUGGCUAUGUAUAUCGUAAGAAUAGCAGUGCCUUCGGUCUCCUUCUGCAAAUGCUGCUACAACCCGCUGAAAAAGCGGUGGUUCUGGAUACCGAUACUUUUUACAUUCAUUCUUACUGUGGACCUCGUGAUGUCAGAUAUAGCCGUUGCCAUUUUCACGGUUAGCGAAGGCAUGCUCUUAAGGCCUGCAUACUCAACCAUGGCUUUACUGUCGGUGUACAUAUUUCUACCAAUGAGGAACAACUUUCUGGCGAUUUUCUUGGGUGUGCUGGUUAGCACUGUUUACACCUUUGUGUUCGCAUUCUUCACGUAUUACGAAAACCCCAACGUGGGCAUAGUGGUAGCGUGUGAAGUUAUCUACCUAAUUGGCGUCAACCUUAUGGGAGUGUACUUCAGAUUGAUGAACGAGAUAGUCACUCGACGCUCCUUCUUGGACAGGCGAGCUUGCGUGGAGAGUACGUUGCGUUUGAAAUUUGUUAAGGAUCAAGAGGAACGUCUCAUGUUAAGUAUUUUACCGGAACACAUAGUUUCGAAAGUGAGACAAGAUAUACGAAACAUGUUCUUGAACAUAAGGUCACCCAGCCAGAGUUACAACAUGAGAUCCUUUAGUCAACUGUACGUGGAAGAGCAUGAAAAUGUAAGCAUUUUGUACGCGGACGUCGUCAACUAUACAAAGAUAUCAACUACUUUGUCUCCGUUGAGAAUGGUGGAGCUACUAAACGAAUUAUUUGGAAGAUUCGAUGAGGCAUCCGAAGAACACGACGUCCUGCGAAUCAAGUUUUUAGGGGACUGCUACUAUUGUGUGAGCGGUAUACCAAAACCAAACGAGCAACAUGCUAAGAACUGCGUGGACUUAGGACUAGAAAUGAUUCAUAUUAUUAAAAAUGUUAGAGAGAAACGCGCCCUGAAUAUUGAUAUGAGGAUCGGUGUGCAUUCAGGUAAAAUAUUAAGCGGUUUGAUCGGCAUUCGCAAGUGGCAAUUCGAUAUUUGGUCGAAAGACGUUACUAUUGCAAACAAAAUGGAAUCUACAGGAAAAGCGGGGAAAGUGCACAUAACGAAGCAAACAUUAGAUCUGCUGUUGGAAUACGCACGAGAAUACAUUAUAGAGCCGAACUUUGCGUCCCAGAACGAUCCAUUCAUAAUGAAGAAUAAGCUACAAACAUUUCUACUCUCGAGAACGCAAAAGCCUAUCAUCGACUACAAGCCGUUUCGAAGAGCUUCUGUCGGAUUUAACAAAAUAAUUCCGACUCGACGUGGUAGACGAUCGGAAAAUAGAAGUUCAUCAUCUGCACGUAGAACGACCGCGUUUAUGGACGAGAAUCUAGUUGAAUACCAACAAAUGCUCAAGGCGGCUGAUGCUCAGAUGGCUAAGGAAAUAGAAGACAUGCGCAAUGGAAAGGACCAUUUCAAACAGGAAUCUCGACUUAACCGAUUUACGCUCAUGUACAAGAAUUUGAACUUAGAGAAAUCUUUUCUACUGCAACCAGAUCCUUUAUUCAAGUACUACAUCACGUGUUGCCUUCUUAUGCUUUGCUUGAUUAUGACUAUCAAUGGACUGACCACACACUGGUUUUACCAAUUCGAGUGGUAUGCACAGACUUUGCUCGGUAUAUUGCUACUAUUUUUAAUUAUAAUGCAGCCCCUAUCCUGGUUUCAAUUUGCAUGGACAAAACAUAAAGGCAUCGACGAACCCAAGAAUAAACUAAUCAGAUGCAUUUACGAUUUAUCAUUAGCCAUCAUACGGUGUCCAAAAAUAAGAACGGGAACAUACAUGCUUAUAAGUCUGGGUCUCGCUGGAACUUCCAUGAUAAACGUCAUUUCUUGCACAGAAGUUAAAGUGGAACCAACAUCGGAGAGCGUUUUAUCAAACUGCGUGUCUUCUUGGCACGUUACCCAAUGCUGGAGUUUAGCAUUGCUACUAAACUUUCUAUUCAGUAGAGUGUUCUUCAUUUUCAAAUGGAUUGUGGCUGGUGGCAUGACUCUAUUUUACCUCUGGAUUGUUUGGGAAAUCAAAACCAACCUCUUCUCUAUCGACACAACUUGGAACGUCGGUUUAGACCCAAGAGUGUCCCAUACACUAUCUGUGGUCAUUAUAACUAUAACUUUGUAUUGGAUCGAUAGAACUACUGAAUAUAGAAAUCGAUUAGAUCAUUUAUGGCAAAUACAACUGAAGGAAGAACAAGCAGAAGCGGAAACUAUGUUGAAAGUUAAUAAUAUGCUACUAGAAAAUAUUUUGCCUGCACAUGUUGUACAGGUAUAUAUGGAUCUGAACAGAUCUCUGGAUGAGUUGUAUUAUGAGAAAUAUGACAAUGUAGCGGUAAUGUUUGCUUCGCUAACGGAUUAUAAGUUAGGAUUAGAAAACGAUGCAGAGAUGAGCGAUAAAUUCUUGUUAAGCAUACUUGACGAAGUCAUAUCGGAUUUUGAUCGGCUUCUUCUAACUGGUGCAUCAUUGCACAAAGUGGAGAAAAUCAAAAUGGCGGGUUGGACGUACAUGGCAGCUUGUGGACUAGAUCCGAAUCGACGAGAUUCAUACGAUUCCUACACUUCAAUAGUCGAUAGAAGCAAAAACACUCCAUACAAUCGAACAAUAGUUGUUACUAUGGUCGAAUUUGCAGCAGCUAUGAUGAUGCAGCUGCAAAACUUCAAUCGCGGCUCUUUCCAAAGUUUUGAAGGAUUAAAUCUAAGGAUUGGUAUAUCCAACGGAGAAGUUGCAGCGGGUGUGGUUGGUUCGCUGAAACCACUGUACGAUAUCUGGGGUAACGCGGUUAACAUGGCCUCCCGCAUGGACUCUACUGGAGAAUCGGGCCGGAUUCAGGUGACUGAAAACACAGCAAAAAUCUUAGAAGAAUGUGGAAUACUUACUCAAUGUCGUGGCGAUGUAUUCAUAAAAGGGAGAGGGUUAAUAAAGACAUAUUUUGUACCACUUGAUGACGAGUUCAAUCUAGUAAAGCAAAAUAUCUGCACCUUGGACUACCUCAAGUACAAUGAUAAAGGGCGAGCAUAUACAGCUAGGACCACUCUACUUAGCGGUACUUCAAGUGAAACAGGCAUUUUCGAUUCUUCCUCACAAAACUCCACUUAUCAUAACUUAGGUGGUGUUCCAUCCGAGAAUGAAAAUUCAAAUGAAAAUAUAGAAGAUUUUUUCAAGAAAAAAAAGUAUAAUAGGUCAGUUAGUGGAUUAGUGGACGUGGAAAAUUUUAGUCCCGCAUCUCAAAUGAAUAAUCUGAGUGAUAAAGAAACUGAUAUUAUGGAAACUCGUUGUUAAAAUAAGCAUUGUGGUUGUUUCAUUUCGAAUGUUCUUUUAUGUCGUAAUUUUUUAUAAUUAAAUGAUUAUUAAUAUUAAAUUAAAUAUAGGUAACUUAAGUAAGUGUUGAAUGAAUGGAGUAAAUAACUACCCACUAAGUAAUUGUAUAUUUUUCAAAAUAAGUAGUUACCUUUCCAUAUUUAGAAGUAUAAUUUUUUAUUUGUCUAUUACCUACUACAUAAUAUACUUAAUAUAAUUCAAUUAUAACAAAAGCGCAGGUAUAUGAUUUACAAAAUAAUCAAUACUUUUACUUGUAGAAAAUGCUAGGUUUAUUCAAUAAAUAAAAUUAUUAACAUAAAAUAUAUUUGUUAGUACAGUCUGAAUUCUCAUAUGGUCAAAACUAGUUUAAACUACAAAAACAGGCCGACUGACUCCACCCAGUCUUUGUUGGUCAACAGUAGUUUUGACUGAAAUCGUGUUGAAAACUGUUUGCUGAAAUAAAUCAUUAUCUAGUCUAUCCUAGCCCUACAGCGUUUUGUUAAAGCACGAAGAUAGAAGUUCGCAGGAAGUCCUGGAUGCGAACUCAUGAGAUCGAGAGGUGGUGAGCAAAACGAGCCGACGACCUUCGUAGCAAAACUAGGACGACUGUACGUGAAGGUGAAUGUAUUUAUUUUCUUUAGAUAUACCUUACCUGACUCCAAGUAACUGAUUAAGUAAAGGAAACCUGAGAAUUCAAUGUCAAUUAAAGAUAAAUAACAGAUGGAUGACGAUACCAA